AUGGCCUCGUCCAGCUCCUCUGUGAUUGCAGACUGUCGCCGGCCCUUGCCUGUCCUUCCUUCCUUGAGCCCUUCGAUCGAUUCCAGACCUCCUCUCGGCAUGUCGGAUCGUUUCACCUUUAGCUUCACUACUCCAGCACCGCAAACGACGCCGGCCAGCAUGUCUGAGGCCCUCGUCAAGACCGAAGACGGGCACGCCGGCUCCCCCAGUAGCCUCGAGUCGUCGUCGUAUGCCUCGACGGCGCAGGAGCACACCCAGCUCAUGGACGAGCUGCGAGCGUGUGGCGCGUCGCUCGACGUCGAUGUCCCUCGCGUCGCCAUUAUUGGCAACCAGUCUGCUGGAAAGUCAAGUCUCAUCGAAGGCAUCUCUGGGAUCACGCUCCCUCGGGCCAAGGGUACUUGCACGAGGUGCCCGAUGGAGAUUCGCCUGUCGCCGUCAACGCAGCCCUGGCAGUGCCUGGUCAAGCUGCGCCUAGAAAAGGACGUGGAUGGCGCCUUACUCAAAGACAUCAAGGAGACUCCCUUUGGUCAGCCGAUCAACGACAGGGCAUUGGUCGAGGAACGGCUUCGCCGGGCUCAGCUCGCUGUCCUGAAUCCUUCGAGUGAUUCCACAACCUUCCUCUCUGCCCACUGCGACCUGUCCGCCAAGCCGCAGCUCAACUUUAGCACCAACCUGGUUUGCGUCGAGAUCACCGGCCCCGGCGUGCCCAGCCUCUCGUUUGUCGACCUGCCUGGCUUCAUUUCCAACGCCGCCAAGGGCGAGGAAGACAGCAUCGACCUCAUCAGGAACCUCGCCAAGGAGACCAUCAAGGGCGGCAACUGCCUCAUCUUGCUCACUCUUACAAUGACCGAGGAUAUCCAGACCCAGUACGGCGCAAUGCUCUCGCGUGAGGUUGACGAGAAAGGCGAACGCACCAUCGGUGUCCUCACCAAGCCCGACGCGGUGCAGGAAGGCGACCUCGGAUACUGGCAGGACGUGCUGCUGGGCCAGGUUCAGCCGCUACGACACGGCUACUUCGUCGUCAAGAACCCUUCUACCAAGGAUCUCGAUGAGGGCAUCACUUACGGGGAAGCCCGAGCCAAGGAGCGCCUGCUCUUCCAAAGGUCCGAGUGGCUGUCGCUGCCGUCCUUGUCGCGCGAGCGUCUUGGCACUGAAAAGCUAGUCAACCGUCUAAGCAGCCUGCUGGAAACCUUCAUCCGCAAAAGGACCCCCAAGCUGACCGAGCAGAUCCGCAAGAGCCUCAACGACGUCCAGGUCAAGCUCGAUGCCAUGCCCACCGAGAUCGGCCAACACGAGGCGAUCGCGCAUGUUGACAGGCUCUGCCGCGCCUUCGCCAGCAAGCUGCAGGACUGCGUCGCUGGUUCCAUCAAGGAUCCAGAGCUGAUCCAGAGUCUUCGGCGCCGCAUUUUUGCCCGCUUCAGGAAUCGCAUCCGCUUGACCGCGCCCAUCAUUCUUCCCGUCACCGACGAGGAGCGGGAGGAGCACGACGAAGCUUGCGAGUCUUACACGCCGCUCGAAGACGAUUCACUGGAGGACAUUUGUCAGAAGAUGGACGAUCUCUUCGAGGGCUUCCACCUGGAAGACGACACGCAUGACCACGAGGAAAGCGAUGCCGUCCCCGAGAUCCUCACUCUGAGCGAUAUCCGCCGGAGGAAGGAAGACUCGAUCACGCGAGAGCUUCCGGGCAACACGCCGUACCCUGUCAAGGUGGCUCUGAUGCAAAGCUCGAUGAAAGCAUGGAGGGCCAUCACGACUGCCUGCUUCACGGCGACGAAGGCACUCCUGCUCGAUCACGUCAAGGAGCUCAUUGGCCUGCAUUUCGGCGAAUACGAGUCAAGCCCGCUAAGGUCACUGGUCACGUCGAGCCUGUGCGAGCGGAUCGACGAGCGCGGUAGGAUCGCCUUCACUGCGCUCAUGCAGAUCAUUGAUUUCGAAGAAACGGUGGACACGGCCAAUCUUCACUACUUCGUCUCGACUCGCGCAUCGAUGGUCGAGGCCCUGCAGAAUCGUCGAGACGACAUAGUAGGAACCGAGGAACGCGAGCAGGCCGACGUCGACUACCACAAGCAGCAGGCAAUCUCGCAUCUCCGCUCGGCCGGAAUCAACGUCGAGCUCAGCGCGCUCGUGCGGCUAUCGGAGGCGGGCGAGUACCACGAAGAGCUCGAGCUGUGCGCCGAGAUGCUGGCCUACUGGAAGGUGGCCUACAAGAGGGUGAUUGACAUGGUGCCGGGCAUGCUCGAUGUGCACUUUGUCCGCAAGGUCGCCGACGAGGCCCUCGAGUGCCUGCACGCCAGCCUCGGCAUCCAGCAGAAGGACGCAAUGGAACGCUGCGUCAGGUAUCUGCAGGAAGACGACGGCAUCGUCGUCGCGCGCAACGAGCUCAAGGCUCGGCGCGCCCGUCUCCAGCAGGGCCUCAAUGCGAUCUGCAGCUUCGAGACGCGACUCCGCGCCGCCAACUGA